GGGACGCUCCUCGUUUGGUUUAUAGUGCUGACAAGAGCUGUUCUAUAUUAUGUGAAUCCAUUUGUGUUGGGUGAUAAACAGUUGCCCAUAGCAGAGACAGUAUCAAGGAGUUUCGUGAGGUAAAGGAAGAGAAUUGGUACACCUGAGAGCUCAUUUGUGGCCCUGAUUUAAUAUUUCGUCUUGAGAGAACCUAAUAUAAACAGCAAGCAUGACCAUCAAACUGGAAGACAUGCUAACGGUGGUAAAGGCGCCCGCUCAAGCCCUCGACCUCUUCCGUACUAAGAUCAGAAGCAGAGAAGACUUUGAUAAGGCGUUUGAGAAGGUCCCCGAGUACAAGAUACGACCCGAGAAGGUGCGUCCAGGGGAUGUAAUGGGUGAGGGGCCGGGGGGGUGGAGACACAGGGGGGAAGAGAGCCCCCAGGCGAGCUAUGCUGACCCCCUCCCCCACUCCAUGCAGGGCCUGACCAUGGACGAAUUCUACCAGGUGGACAUAGACUGGAGAAUGUUGACCACAGCCAGACCGAAGACUCGCUGUGAUGAAGACAUCUUUUCCAGAUACGUGGAAAUGGGUCGGUUACAACUCCAGCGUGUACGAGAGGAGGCAGAGCGGCAGGCGGAGGGCAAGGACUGGACGGGUCGUAUUGUGAAGGUCGUGCCAGGAAGGGGGUCACUGCCAGAGACUAGGCUACCCACUUGUAAAGAGUGUGGAGAGGAACUAUGUGACGGACUCUGUAAGGAUUAUCUCUAUAUGAACUACACUAGAUUGCAGACAGUAGAGAAGAAGGAGGAAGAGUCAGGAUUGGAUGCGGAGGAGGUAGGGACACCUAAGGCAAAGGGGAAGAAGAAGAGGAGGACCAAAAGGAGGAAGAAGAAGAAGAAGAAGGAGAGUGAAUACCCAGACGACGAUGCUGACGACGAAGAUGAAUAAAAUGCAAAGGAGAUGAAUCACAAUUAUAAAUGGCUAUAUAACUAAAUUCAGUGAAAACACAGAAAUACUAACUAAAGUGAAAAUGUCUGAAACAUAGGUGAAUAAAACUGAAGAAAAAACAGAAUUACCAUAAAUUAUAAUAUAGAAAGCCAUGACAUAUACGGAAAGUUUACAGUGUAUGUUUGUCAAGUGUCGUAUUCCUGACAUGUGAGACAACAAGCCGCCAGACGAUACCAAAACAGGCUAUUGUGUAUGUGUCAACAGAACCACAAAACGUGGUGGCGUAACUCAUCCAAAUUUACAAAACUAUUUUAUGAGAUAAUUUCGUAAGAUAAAAUGUCAAGCAUCUAAUAUAUCUCAUUACGUGUGUUAAGAUCUUUCCAAGUAUAAUAUUCAAAUAUAUUGAAAGAGCGUUGUUUUACGGGGUAGUUUAUCUGAGUAAUUCACUUUCUAAUCGGCCCAAAUAGUAGCGCCCGGUGUUGACAUGACACAGUUUUCUGACUUACCAAGAAUGCUACCUUUAUUGUCCGCUAUUUAUGUACACUACUGCUUAAAGAUUAAUUUCAUAACUCGAAUACUGUAUCGCUACUUAGAGAUCGUAAAGGUGUUUCACGUUGGGUUUUUUUCUAUUUAAUGGUAUUUAGUGUUUACAUACAGGUAAAGGCUUACUGCGGUGACCCUGUCGAGGAGUAGAAGUACGAUGAUCCUUACCUUGACUUUUCCUGCUUCGAUUAUCUCCUAUUAUCUCACAACUACAAAACAAAAGGUCUUGCUGGUGGAGGAUGAGCCACUCAAGCAUCUCUUCAGUGUCGAACGGAAUGCUCAAGUGCUCCUCGAGUUCUUACGGGGGUAGCGGAGACGCAAAUAAUAUACCACAGCUGGACAAGAGAAGUGGAGGCUGUUCUCCCCCCUUCACCAAACAGAACAAUUCACUGUCUUUGUUGGGUUAAGAUUGUCAGAGAUUUGCUUUUAACAAGUACAAUUGAUUUUGCAAGGAAAAAUCACGUAAUGCUUGUGUCGUGCAAUGGACCUUGGUGACGCAUGUACCGUAAGUGGCACACAAUUGACCCCUUCUUGCUAACUUAUUCUAACCCAGCCUUCAUCACCUCCAAACUAAAGACAGUGUUAUCUCAAUACAUUUCUGACAUCUUCAUUUGUAUUAAGUGAUAAUUCAUGAAAUUUAUUAAAUCAAGAUGUAACCAAUAUGGGGACAAAAUCGCAUCACGUGAAUAGACGCCCCAGCUUAUUUUACCUGAUGAUUAAAUACCCUCACCUUACCUUGAGGGAUUAGGUUACGUUAGGUUUAAGUAGAUAGGAUAGGCUGAGUGUAAGUUAUGUAACAGUCGACACUGGGUUCGCCUCUCAGUGUUUGAUAAGAGCUGAGAUGUUUAGUGUGUUUACAGGGUAACCAUUUAUGACAGCAGGCAUGAGCAUAACCAGACCUAAAUUGAAUAAACUUAGCUCUUUAGAUCAGGUUUGUGUUCAAUGUCCCAGACAGCGGCUUAUUUACUUUGCGUGUCUUGUUUAUAAUGCGGGUCUCGUGCGUGAGGAGGCUGUCUAUUGUGUGUAUACAGGAUAUGACAUUUCCGGCUCUCGGGAAAAUAUACCACUCGCUUUUUAUCCUACUAAACACAGUUCUCUCCCAGGUCACCCUCCUCCCCCAUUCACUCAUUUAUAUUUUCAUAGAGAGCAGUAUAGACGAUGAAGCUGUUAGGAUCGUUAGAAGCAAAUGCUCAAAUAUAGGUAAGGGAAGGUAAAAGUUGAUGACAGGUGUUAGGGGUGCACAGGUGUGGCCAUUGAGCUUAAGUUCAUGACAGUCAACGAGGUGUUUCAACCUAGGUUUCGUGGCUCGUCCAGUGAACCAACUUUCCAAAGAUUCUUAUAAUGAAUAUCACUCGUAACUGAAUAUUUAAGAAUACUGUACGCGUAACUUAUUAACCUUAGAUAAGUAAAAAUUAAAUCCCAAAACAAUCUUACAUUAUAUUGAGAAUAACUUCUCUCAUUUUCAGUUACAAUCUUGGUUAAAGGUUAAUUAAAACGAAAUUUGGGAUGUAAGUAGCCGUAUAAGUAUAACAAGUGAUCGCGGGCACUUUCGUGUCCUUGUGAGAGUUUGAACGCUCGUGACAGCGUACAGCGAAUGAGGGU